AUGGCGUCGCGCAUUGUUGACCGGGAUUUUGACACAAAAUCCUUGGAUAAAGGAUUAAGAAAUGGUUGGAAAUGGGAAUGGUUGGAGAAAAAGGUGGACGGGGAACUAAUUGGGCAGCUGGGAAGAAGUUGUGCAAAUUCAUCAGAAUGCAAUGAUGCAGCUGUCAUCUGUGACAGUCAGGUCUGUAAAUGUAUUACAGCCACAUACUAUGAUAACAAUGGGAAUGGUACAAUGGGAGGAUCCUGUGUUGCUAGACAUGGAUUUGGUGCAACAUGCACUGACCCUAAUUCCGGAGCAGGAGAUUACCAAUGUUCUACUGCCAAUGCUAUUUGUAAAGCUGAUACAGGAAGUAGUAAUCCUACAACAUAUUCCUGUCAGUGUGGUGAUGGAUUUGUUCAAGAUGGAACAUCAUGUUUGACAGUGAGAUACCUGAACCAGGGCUGCACUAUUAAUUCCCAAUGUGCCCAAGUAAAUAGUGAAUGUAGAACUUCAGAAUGUCAAUGUGUGAGUGGGUACUAUCAAGAUGGAACUGGUUCCACAGGCACUUGCAGCAAGAGCAAGUUAGGUGAAGGUUGCUCUAGUAAUGCUCACUGUGACACUGUAACAAAUGCUGUAUGUAAUGGGAAUGUUUGUGUGUGUAACAGUGGUUAUUAUGAUACACAGACUGGUAUUGGAGGAUCCUGUCAAAGUAAGUUUUAA